AUGAAAAGGAGAAGGAUAGAAAGAUGCAUCUGUCAAAUAUUAAACAAACUAAAAGUUUAUGUAAAUAUAUGGUUAAAAGUAAAAAAUGUUAUAAAGUACUUUUUUGGCCCCCUUAUAUUAAGGGAGAAGUUACACUUUAAAACGUAUAGAAAAAGAAGAAUAUGUCCGAGUAUGACAUUGGUACUAGACCUAGAUGAAACGUUAAUAUAUUGUACAAAAAAGAAAAAGUUUAGUCAUCAAAAGGAGGUAGAUGUGUUAAUAAAUGGAAAAUAUUUUUCGCUAUAUGUAUGUAAAAGACCAUAUAUUGAUUUAUUUUUUUCGAUUUUGUAUCCAUUUUUUGAAAUAAUAAUAUUUACAACAUCUAUAAAAUCCUAUGCAGACACAGUUCUAAAUAUAAUAGAUGUAGAUCAUUAUAUUGACAAGAAAUUUUACCGAGAAGAUUGUUUUGAAGUAAAUCAAAAAUUAUAUAUAAAAAAUUUACAAAGUAUAAAAAAAGAAAUUUCAAAAAUUGUUUUAAUUGAUGAUUCAAAUGUUUCUGGUUUAAAAUAUCCAGAAAAUUUUUUCCCAAUUAAAAAAUGGCAAGGGGAUUUAAAUGAUACAGAAUUAUUAGAUAUUAUUCCUUUUUUUUUAAAUUUGAAAAAAGUAAGAGAUGUUAGAUCUCUUUGUUCAUUUAGACUCAAAUCACAAAAAGACAUUUCCAAAUUAUUAACUUCAGCCCCAUCCAAACAGAUCAAAUAUUUUACCGAUGAAAAUUCAAAGUUCUUCUACACUCCUUCACUUGCUUUCCAAGCUAUUAAUUAUCUUAAAAUUUUUAUGAACAAAUUUAGGUAUGCAAGUUCCAAAAAACAAUGGAAUGAAUUAGGAAAAAAAAUUAACAGCAAAUUGAAAUCUUAUCCAUUUUCAUUAUCCAAGCUUAAAGGAUCGAGUGAUGAUGAACAUCGCAAGAAGCAUCGCAAGAUUCUCAACAGAAAGGUGCAGCAGUAA